AUGCCCAGUCGCAGUUCCAAUCGCAACAUGCAGGCGUAUGGCGACUCUCCUGAAGGCCCGAGCAGUCACACCGUCCACCGCUACCUGUCCCCUCCACCCCACGCCCUGUCACGCCUACCCCACCGCCCCAGCAGUCACCCUCACCCCACGCCCCAGGUCAUCCUCCACUCCCCACGCCCCCAGGUCACCCCUCACCCCACGCCCCAGAUCAUCCGUCACCCCGACGCCCCAAGGUCACCCUCCCACCCACGCCCCAGGUCACCCUCACCCCACGCCCCCAGGUCACCCUUCACCCCACGCCCCAGGUCACUCCUCACCCCAUCGCUCCCAAGCGGCCACCCUCACCCCACGCCCCACGGCUCACUCUACACCCGUCCAACAGGUCACCACUCACCACGCCCCAGGUCACCCUCACCCACGCCCAGGUCACCCCACCCCGCCCAGGGUCACCCUCACCCCACGAUCCCAUCGGUCACACCCUCACCCCACGCCCAGGUCACCCUCCUUCAGGCCUAG